AUGAGUGAGUCCAGACUCGAGGACUCAGUCGAUGCAGGCGAAAAGCCCCAUGUGAGUAAGGAUAUCACUCAGGCAAAGUUAGAAAGUCACGUCACCGAGAUUGAUGACGAGGAUGGGCGAGAUCCUCGGAAAUGGAGCCCAAGAAAGAAGCUUCUUGUGUUUAUCGCACUCAUGUCCAGCUCCAUCUUGGCUGAUGGAGGAAUGACUUGGGGUGCGACAUUAAUCGUGCCUCAAGCGUUGGAGUGGGGAGUCAGCGUUGAUCAUUCCGCAACUAGUAUGAACUACGGCAUGCUGUUACAGGGUGUUGGUGGUCUGAUGGCCAUACCAUUGAUAGAGGCAUAUGGACGUCUCCCGGUAUGGCUAUGGCCGCAAUUCAUCACCACGUUCAUGGUCCUCGGAGCGACGUUAUCCAACAACUAUAGCACCUUCACUGCCUUUCGCUCUCUCCAGGGUCUCUUUGGCACGAUCCCACAAGUGGUCGGUUUGCCGAUUAUUCAUGAUAUGUACGAGCCGAAAGACUGGCCUCAAAUGAUCAAUAUCUGGGGCACUACCUUCCUGAUCGGGCCCUUUCUAGGCCCUGCCCUGGCCGGAUAUAUCGGUGCCGGCAGCAAUUGGAAGGCCUCGUUUGGCGUCCUGACGGGCUUCUACGCACUGUCGACAAUCCUGAUCUUUCUCUUCGGAUACGAGACUUACUAUGCUAGAGGACAUCAAUGUCAGCGUAAUUCGCGCCUGCAGUCAAUGUUUGGAAUCAAAAAUCACAGCCUACCUGUCGGGCGCACUCUGGCCUACUGGACCAAGAUCCUUGCCAUAUACAUCUUCAAGUUCCCGCUCCUCCUGACCGGAAUCGCAACAAUGGUCAACUUUUGCUGGCCAAUCGGUAUAACUGUGACCGUUUCCACGUUUGUUGCGCAGCCUCCCUACCUUUUCGACACAGUCCAGUCGGCAUCACUGCGGUGGGCCCCAAUCAUCGGAGGCUUACUUGGAUAUGCAUUUGGCUACUGGUUUAAUGGCUGGAUUGAGAAAUCCCGUCAGCAGAAGUGGCGUCCCGAGUAUCGACUGCACGGUGUCUGGGUCGCCAUUGGAGUCAUGGCUUGUGGACUGCUCACAUACGGCAUGACCCUGAACUACCAUAAGCAUUGGAUUGGUCUCGCAUUUGGCUGGCUAAUGGUCGUAUUUGGCAUGAUCUCCAGUACAGUCUCGAUCACGGCAUACAAUCUGGAGAAAUAUCCCGACCAGUCAACAGUAGUCUCAGCCAUCAUCAAUGCCUGGCGUACAGCCAGUGGCUUCUCUGUCGGAUACUUCCAGCCCUCCUGGAUUGUGAAAGACGGGACUGCGGCAGUUUUUGGAACACAGGUGGCGGUAGUUGUUGCGGUUCUGAUCCUCACAAUCACCCCUGUCAUAGUCAUCGAAGGACGGAAAGCUAAACCCACCAUUGGCGAGGCAUGA